AUGGCUGCCAGCGUCCCAGGUGUAAUAGCAAUGGUUGUGUUCUACCUGCUGAUCUUUGGAGUCGGUAUCUGGGCCUCUUUCAAGUCCAAAAAGGAAAAGAAUAAAUGUCCGGCUGACAGCAUGGAGACGGCUCUGCUGGGAAACCGAAGCAUCAGUAGAGUUGUGGGGAUCUUCACCACUGCAGCGACGUGGAUUGGAGGAGGCUUCAUUAUUGGAACGUCAGAAAUGGUGUACAACCCGUCUAUGGGCCUUGUCUGGGUUUCCAGCUAUAUUUUAGGAGAAAUACUAAGCUUGAUUAUUGGUGGUCUGUUCUUUGCUGUGCCAAUGAGAGAAGGAAGAUAUGUGACCAUGAUGGAUCCUUUCCUGAUCAAGUAUGGAAAAGUACCAAUGUCUCUUUUUGCUGUGGCCACACUGGUGACGGACAUUUUGUGGGUGACAUCAACACUCAUUAGUUUAGGUUCAACCAUGAGUGUGAUUCUGAAUUUACCAUUCACCGUAUGCAUCUGGAUCUCUGCUGCGGUGGCUAUCAUCUACACGCUAAUGGGAGGUCUCUACUCUGUGGCCUAAGAUGUCAUACAGCUUGUCCUCAUGUUCAUCAGCUUGUGGUUCUGUGUCCCCUUUAUCAUGAUGAGCCCCACCUCCUCUGACAUCACUCAGACAGCCCUGAACAACACCUAUCAGGCUCCCUGGCUGGGUAAACUAGAAGCAGACAAAGUUUGGAGAUGGAUCGACAUUUUUUUUGUUAUGGCUCUGGGUUGCCUGGGCUAUCAGGAGUUCCAUCAGAGGACGUUGUCUGCUACUUCCUCGGCCACGGCUAAAAUCAACUGUUUUGCUGCUGCUGCAAUUCUUCUUAUUUUUGCAAUUCCCCCAGUCCUGAUUGGUGCAGUGGCCGCAUCAACUGACUGGAAUCUGACUUCUUAUGGUUCUCCAUCUCCAUUUGAACGCGGGGAGGAUACUCUUGUAAUGCCCAUUGUCUUGCACUACCUCACUCCAACCUACGUCUCCAUUGUCGGCAUUGGAUGUAUCGCUGCCGCGGUGAUGUCAUCGACUGAUUCUGGCUUGCUGGCUGCAGCUUCCAUCUUCACCUCCAACAUCUAUAAGAGCCUCCUGAGGACCCAGGCAUCAGAGAGAGAGAUCCGGUGGGUGAUUCGUAUCUGUGUGGUGGUAGCAGGCUUGAUCAGUACAUCUCUCACCAGUUUUGAAAUUAAGAUACAUGUGUUAUGGUUUCUUAGCACAGUGAUAUCCUACAUAGUUAUCUUCCCUCAACUGUUCUGUGUUCUCUUCUUCAAAAUCUCCAACGGCUACGGGGCUGUUAUGGGCAUGUUGGUUGGGCUGCUGUUAAGACUGUUGUUUGGAGAGCCGUUGAUCGGGCUACCGACCAUCCUCCAUUUGCCAGGAUGCACCCUUGAAGACGGUGUUUACGUCCAACGCUCUCCAGUGAAUACCAUCUCCAUGUUGGCCGUCGUGGCUGGCAAUCUCUUGUUUUCCUACUUGUUCUCUCUGCUCAUCCAGAAAAACCUGCUUCCGGAGAAGUGGGAUGUGUUGAACAUGAAAGUCAAACAGUUGCCAAAACAACGGACGCCAACAGACAGCGUCAAAGACCCCAAUGACAAAAUAUGUGACACUGACGUUUCAGAGCCUAUGAUGAGUACAGGGUGUUAA